AAAACGUUUGCUUAAGUUAGUCGGUGGUUGAGCUGCCACUCUUUUCCUGUGAUAGGAUUCCUCAAGCUUUGUCUGCCUCGUCUGCCUCGUCUCUCCGCCAUGUUGUUCUUUCUGCUGGGCCUCAUGGAGAGCACAAUGAAAGUGAUUGUGGCAAAGUCCUUUGGAAAGCGGCAAAGCAGCUCUCGGAGGUCCAGGACCGUGGAGAAGCCGGAUGAGCCCUCAGAAGGCGACCGAGAGCCUUCUGAGCUUUCCAGAGGCACCUGCGAGUCAGAGGAAAAAGAGGAUGCUUCUUGCGCCCAAGCUCUGAGCAGCGGUGAGACACGAUCGAGCCGAGAGCUGAGGACACCCCGAGGGCCUUACGACUCGCACUCGGCGUCCCCCCACAAAGACGCAAAGAUGGAUUCUGAAGGAGAUGAGAAUCGCACCGAGCCGCUCGUCGCCAACACUAUUCCACCUGAAAGCUUCGUCGAGACACACAGUUUGCUGGCGUCUGCAGCGAGGAAGAGGAGCGCGGCCGAGGAUGCUCGCGGCACGCCGGUGAACAAGAGGAAGUCUCUGCUGAUGAAACCGCGCCAUUACAGUCCCAGCGAAGAGGAGGAGGAGGAGGAGGACGACGACGACCAGGAGGAGGAGGAGGAGGAGGAGGACCAGGAGGAGGACCUGGCAACCGCUCAGGACAAAGACGCACCCAGGAACAUUGACACUCCAGCAGAUGACGAUCUCGACUGCCUCGACUACCGAGACAAAUCGCAUGGCUCACUGUCGUGGUCCGAGCGCACCAGCCUGAGCUCUCCCGAAUGCGAUGACGAGAAAUGGCUCGAGAAAGACUUUUGCGAGAAAAACACAGAUAAAGACCCGGAGCGCGAGGAAUGCGAAUGGAUUAGCCCUCGGCCUCGGACAGUGCCCGGGGCCGCCUGCCCGUGCCCCUUUCCCAGCCUGAGCCCAAACUCUGCUGAUGAGGCGCGGCCCGAGAAACACUUUGGACUCCAGCUCCCCGUGUAUGUGGGCCACACUGCCAGCGGGCUCCUGAUGGAUGAGUUCGCCUGCUCGAGGGAGGUUAGCGACAAUGAGGAUGAGGCCCAGGUGCCCAAGCUGGACGACCCGUUUGGAGGCUGGGCACUGGGCAUGGAGCGGGCACGGCUCAACCUGGGCCUCCUGGAGCAGGCCAUGCACAGGCAGCUCCUUCACGGGGCCUACAGGGAAAUGGACCGCUUCCUGUUCGAACGGGUCAACCAUGAAAGGAGGCAAAUAGACGCUCGUGCUGUCUACCAUAACAACAAAGACUCGCUAAGAACCGACAAGAAAGACAUCAAGUGCCCGACCCCCGGGUGUGAUGGGACGGGUCAUGUGACUGGACUGUACCCCCACCACAGAAGUUUGUCAGGAUGUCCCCACAAAGUCCGAGUGCCUCCUGAAAUUCUAGCCAUGCACGAAAACGUGUUAAAGUGCCCGACCCCCGGAUGCACUGGAAGAGGCCACGUCAACAGUAACCGCAGCACUCACCGGAGCUUAUCCGGCUGCCCGAUUGCUGCAGCCGAGAAAGGUCCCAAACCUCAAGAUGACCUGUCCAAGUGUAGACAAACUCCAGAAAAGAUGGCAAGACCUUUGGUUCAGAUGAAAAAGUUUGAUUUUGGACAACUUGCCUACCAGUUCGCCCAUCCUGUGAGCGCCUUGCAGGCCAGCAUGGCCAAAGACAUGGACAAGUACAGCAAGGGUCACUUCGACUACGCCAGCUUUGACGCUCAGGUGUUCGGAAAGCAGACCCACGUGGGCUCCGAUCCGAACCAAGAGUCCUCCCACCUCCUCGAUUCCUCACCGCAAUUCCCAAGUUUCUUGGCGGCAAGCGGUCGCUUUGCAAAACCUGGUGGGCAAAGCCCGAGCCGACCCCAAGGCCCGGGUACCAUCAUCCAGUCAGGUGCGGCAUCCACCGCUAUCCUGAACCUCUCUACCCGUUACCGGGACAACGCCGAUGCCCGACCAUUGGCAUCGUUCACAAAGGACUCUGCGAUCGAGGUGGACGAGAACGGCACUCUGGACCUGAGCAUGAAGAAGAAGAAGGAGAAGAGCGCGGAUUCUCCGGUCCCACCCGCGCUAGGAGAAGUCAUCUUCACUCCUCCUGAACCUUCUCUGGCCAAAGUAGGAGGCCUCCAGAUCUCCACGGCCUUCUUCCGAGCGGUGUACGAGCAGGAGGGCUGGGACACGCCCCUGAACUUCAGCAAAGCGCCGCAUCAGCAGGACAAAGACAUGGAGCAGCUGGACCGGAUGUCGCUCGAGGAGAAAGUCUUUGCCGGAGACGCAAACGUGACCGGUGCCAAGAACAAGAUGCUCGUACGAGACACCAAGAAAGAACUGAUGAGCUGUCCAACACCUGGCUGUGACGGGAGCGGACAUGUGACUGGAAACUACGCCUCACACAGAAGCGUCUCCGGCUGCCCGUUAGCCGACAAGACCCUGAAAUCCCUGAUGGCUGCUAAUGCACAGGAACUGAAGUGUCCAACCCCUGGAUGUGAUGGUUCAGGUCAUGUGACAGGAAACUAUGCAUCCCAUAGAAGUUUGUCAGGUUGUCCUCGUGCCAGGAAGAGCAACCUGAAGCUCAAUCCCAGCAAAGACGAGAAGGAGGAGCCGGACAUCAAGUGCCCCGUGGUUGGUUGUGACGGACAGGGCCACGUCUCGGGGAAAUACACCUCUCACCGUAGCGCUGGAAGCUGCCCCAUGGCUGCGAAGCGGCAGAAGGAGCUGAACGGCAUGGCCUUCUCCUGGAAAAACUGCAAGCAGGAGCUGCCACACUGCCCUCUGCCCGGCUGUAACGGUUUGGGUCACGCCAACAACGUGUUCGCCACACACAGGAGUCUGUCAGGUUGUCCAUUAAAUGCCCAGAGCAUCAAGAGGAAGCUCUCAGGAGACGAGAUGAUGACCAUCAAACUAAAAACCAGUAGUGGCAUCGAGAGUAGUGAGGACAUGCAGCACUUGGACCAUGAAAUCAAAGAGCUCAACGAAUCUAAUUUGAAAAUCGAGGCAGACAUGAUGCAGCUUCAGACCCAGAUCUCGUCCAUGGAGUGCAACCUUAAGACUAUUGAAGAAGAGAACAAGAUGAUCGAGCAGCACAACGACAGCUUGCUGAAGGAGCUGGCACGGCUCAGCCAAGCCCUCAUCAACAGCCUUACUGACAUCCAGCUACCGCAAAUGGGCCCCAUCAACGAGCAGAAUUUCGAAACCUACAUCAAGAUGUUGACGGAUAUGUACAACAGCUCGGAGCACGAGUAUUCGCCGGAAUGCAAGGCCUUGCUGGACAGCAUCAGACAGGCCAUCAAGGGCAUCCAUGUAGAAACCGUCUGCUCUCCAUGAAACCCUGCAAUACGGACAGCUUUUGUUCAGUUUGUUCGGCCGCUCGGUUUGGUUUUUUUGGUGGCUGGCUUUGAAACGACGCGCAAGAAAUUAACUUAUUCUCAAAGAUAAUUCUAUGUCAUGUAUUGCCAGCCGAGUCCGAUCAUUUCGCCGAGAUUCUUAUUAGCCGUUUGCACAUAUUUAUUUUCCUCGCUUGCCUCGUUCGUUCUCUGUAUUUAUACUUAUCGCUGAUAUUUACGAUUCGUUUUAUUUAUUGUAUUUGCUUGAUGAAAUCAUUUAUCAAAUUGAUCUAAUAUAUUUGAUUUAUUUCACGUGCUGGUUUUAUUUCGUACUUUCCAUUGUCUGUAUCGGUGGCGCAGCGACGAACCGUAGGAACAGGAAUCACGAUCCUGUGGCGACGUCUAGUGGCCACAUGCUCUUACUGCACCAUGCCAAUGCACCAUUGAUUCCUGAAUGUAUUGUGUUAAAUCGGUGUUUUGUUUUUGUUUUUUUUUGUUGGAAACCUUGGCCACUUCAUGCAAAUGCACUUGCGGAGAUCAAAUAAUCGAAUUAUUCCCUCAAAUCUAUUUCCUGUCUAUUAUUCCGUCAAGACGACCUGCCUUUUCGUGCGCACACGCGUGUGUGCAUUUAUGUGCCUAUAUGUAAAUUGAGUACAUGGAAUAUAUUAUGUUUUGUGGUAGAACAGUAUUAUGUGAAUGGUGAUUCCUUUUAUUAUACAGCAUAUUUAUUAUUAUUUUUUACCAAAAAAAAACCAACAAAAAAAAAAACAAAGAAAAGGAAAAGAAAUGCCUCUAACUCUGUUUAGCUAACGCUUAAUAUGCCAUUUGGAGUAUGUAAUUAUACUGUUGUAAUUAUUGAUCAAGUGUUUCUUCUUUAUUGAUGAGUUUCCUCCAAGUAAAAAAAGCACAAACCACGUCGAAAUACUGUGGAGAACCAAUUUUCCUUCCCGACGCAAAAGCUUGGGCAGCAAUGAUUUUUCAAACAAAAAAUUAGUAAAAUUUUUAAGAAUAAAAUGUCAAAUAAAAGAGUUUGAUGCAUAAAUCGCAUUUCUUGAAAUGAAACCCCAGACAACUCCGCCCAUAACUAAAAAAAAAAAAACAGCCAAACCGUCCUCGUCUGUCGGAAAAUCAAAAUAAAAAAGUCUAAAAAUAAAAUAAAAAACAAAGCGGAACUUGUAAUUACGUUAUUUGUCCUUUCAAAUCUUUCAUUUAUCAACCACACGUUGUUUGCUCAGGAACUUUUGUGAGGACUAUUCCUGUUUGUAUUCGACGUUUUGUAACGUGAACUGGAAUUUUUUUUCUUAUUUUUUAUUUAUUUUCUCUUGUGUAACUAUAUUAGUAUAAAACGCUGUACUGUAAAUUAUCGUUUCUUUGGUUUUUGUUUGUUUGAAAGCGUUUUUUUUUGUUUGUUUGUUUUUUUCCAGUUGAAGUCAUUUCUAUAUGAAAGUUUCUUUACAAUUUUUUUCCUAUUUGAUAAGCAGUAAUGCGCUGUGUUGUACAGUUUGUGUAUGGUAGAAAUAAACUAUUUAAGGAUCGACGGAUGUUCAGGUCUUAUUCAAACUCUGUGCUACAUAAAUUGUGAGCCAACCAGAAAAAAAAUGAUUAAGACUGGACAUGCAGAAAGUGGUAGGCGGUGGCUCAGUGGUUAAGGUGUGGGCCUCUGGAUCAGAAUUUCCAAUCCCAGCACCACCAAGUGGCCACAGCUGGGCCCUUGAGCAAGGCCCUUGACCUUCAACUGCUCAGUCGCUAAGGCUAAGAAUGUCUGCCUACUGAACGCCAUACAGUAUAUUUACAAAUUC